GUGCACUAAUCUACUACGUAUGGGGGUGGCAGGCAGUAGCGUGACCUGCCUGCCAGGGUUUAGCUGAGUGGAGCAUGAACCGAUCGAGUCUCGCAAGGGCUUCCCUGCGUUCGUUUUCGUUAUUCGUCGUUCAUAACUCGGUGGCACUGGGUGCGUUUGUCGGCAGCAUAAAAUGUUUGUUUGAUGCUGUUUUAAAUUAGAAUAUAUGUUACAUAAACCUUACUUUCGAGGUUGUAUACGCAAGUUACUGCUAGUUCGAUAGAUUUAUCAUUUUCGGUUAAGAGACCUUCAGUACAACACAUUGAACGGCAGGCGUUCUGCUAGCGUCGAAUGGUGACGAUCAUCCCUGUAGAUUCGCGAUCCGGGGAACUCACUUCAAUUCAACGUCAUCCGUCGGUGUGGCACUGGACAACUGUGGGCACAUAUAGCUGCACUUGAACCAGUAACGGAGUGAGUGAGUGAGUGAGUGAGUGAGAAUACCUAGUACAUAGACUACAUCGGCGUAAAUAAUGGUGUUCUGAGUGUUCACAAUGAAGAAGAACUCUGACCGUCAAAAGUGCAUUUCUAGCGGAAAAAGUGCAAUUUGCUAGCGUAAGCUGUACAAGGGUAGUUGGUGUCUUGUUUGAUUUGCAAAACAUUAAUGUAUCGGUGCAGCAAAACGUUCUAGCGUGUGUAUUUUACUGCUUGCUGCCAGUUAGUGAAUAAAUAAGUCGCCACACAACCGAUGGUAACAAUAAUGGUGACGGUUAUGCAACUGGCGUUAUUUCAAUAGUGAAAACAGAUUGCGGCGGAGAUAGGACGUGUUACUUCGAAAAAAUCUAACUGAGUGUGGUACGAAUAACUAAUGUAAAGUGUUGGACAAAAGAUUCUGUUGUAUAACAUUUCAACAAAAAAGUAUGGAUUACUAAGUGCGACUUAAGAAGAAAAUGCGAAUUUGUGACAAACGUUGUAUCAAAUUUACAAGCAGUAACAUGUGGUAUACCGGAACUAAUCGAGUUAAAGGAAAACUAACGUAAAUUGAUGUUUAAAGAAUUAUCAUCAACAUAACUGACUGUAAAACUAAGCACAAUGGGCAUGACCAAGCAGCAAAAUUUGACCCAUCAGCACAAGUCGGGAAAUGGUGUACCGAACAGUGGAAUCAAUACGUCGUCAGCUGCUAUGAAGCAGCAGCAGCAUAAACAGCAACAGCAACGCCAACAGAAGCAUACGGUCCAUUGGUUUCGAAAAGGCCUUCGACUGCACGACAAUCCGGCCCUUCGGGAAGGGCUCAAGGAAGCCACCACAUUUCGGUGUGUGUUUGUCAUAGACCCCUGGUUCGCUGGUAGCUCCAACGUCGGUAUCAACAAGUGGAGGUUUCUGCUGCAAUGUCUGGAAGACUUGGACCGCAACCUGCGAAAGCUGAAUUCUCGCCUGUUUGUGAUCCGUGGCCAACCAGCCGACGCGCUGCCAAAGCUUUUCAAGGAAUGGGGAACAACGUGUCUUACGUUCGAGGAGGAUCCGGAACCGUUCGGCAAGGUUCGCGAUCAUAACAUCUCGGAAAUGUGCAAGGAACUCGGAAUCGAAGUUAUUUCGGCCGUCUCCCAUACGUUGUACAAAUUGGAAAGGAUAAUCGAGAAAAAUGGUGGCCGGGCACCGCUCACCUACCAUCAGUUUCAGGCUAUAUUCGCCUCAAUGGACCCACCACACCAACCGGAGCAGGCUAUAACGGUGGAUACCAUCGCUGAUGCUUCGACUCCGCAGUGUGAUGAUCAUGACGAUAAAUAUGGAGUUCCAACACUGGAAGAGUUGGGUUUUGAAACCGAAGGUCUCAAACCGUCCAUAUGGGUUGGAGGCGAAACCGAAGCCCUUGCUCGAUUGGAGCGGCAUCUGGAGCGGAAAGCUUGGGUAGCUUCAUUUGGGCGACCAAAAAUGACACCGCAAUCGCUGCUCGCUAGUCAGACAGGACUAUCACCCUAUCUGCGGUUCGGUUGCCUAAGCACAAGGCUAUUCUACUAUCAGCUAACGGAUUUGUACAAAAAGAUAAAGAAAGCAUGUCCGCCUCUCUCGCUGCACGGUCAGCUGCUGUGGCGAGAAUUUUUCUACUGUGCAGCGACAAAAAAUCCCAAUUUCGAUAAGAUGGCAGGCAAUCCGAUUUGUGUGCAAAUACCGUGGGACCGCAAUGCAGAAGCACUGGCAAAAUGGGCCAGCGGGCAAACGGGUUUUCCCUGGAUCGAUGCCAUCAUGACGCAACUGCGCGAGGAGGGUUGGAUCCAUCACCUGGCACGGCACGCGGUUGCCUGUUUUCUGACACGUGGCGACCUGUGGAUUUCCUGGGAAGAGGGAAUGAAAGUAUUCGAGGAGCUGCUGCUCGACGCGGACUGGUCGGUGAAUGCCGGCAUGUGGAUGUGGCUUUCGUGUUCGUCGUUCUUUCAGCAGUUUUUCCACUGCUACUGUCCGGUGAAGUUUGGCCGGAAGGCGGACCCGAAUGGGGACUACAUCCGCCGGUAUCUGCCGGUGUUGAAGAACUUUCCCACACGCUACAUUCAUGAGCCUUGGAACGCACCGGAAAGCGUACAGCGGGCAGCAAAGUGCAUAAUCGGCAAGGACUACCCGCUGCCGAUGGUUAAUCACGCGAUCGCCAGCCGCGCGAACAUGGAACGCAUCAAGCAGGUCUAUCAGCAGCUGGCCAAAUAUCGUAUUCCGAGCAGUGGCUACGACAACGAGUGCCCCGAAAAGGGUGGAUCAGCAAUAGCCGGUGUAAUGACCGCUGCCAAGAUGCAACACAUGAACGUUAGUAGCUUGAACGAAAGCCCUAGUCCGACGACGAUCAUGAAAAAUGUGAACAGCUCAGGAAACUACAUGUGCCGCAGCAAUCCUUCAGCACAAAGUGAACCCAAUGCCAAAAUCAUCACCUACCACCAGAGCAGAGCUUCGCUUAGAGGAGAACCGCAGCUGCGACAGCAAUCAACACCACAUUCCCAGCAAAAGCAACAAGAGCAACAACAACAACAGCAGCAGCAACACGAGAACUCUGUGGGUCAGCAAACUCGCCCCGAUCAGUACGAUAGUCUCCUGUCUACUCAGCGAGGUUCCGCAUAUGUUACUAUCAAACCGGAAAACUCUAUUAUGGGAGUUAGCAACGACGAGCUGAUGAAUGCGCAUUUCAACUCGCUACAAGAUCAGCUAAACACAAGCAUGAUCCCGUUAGGCACCAGCACCAAGCUCGAAUCGAACAACAGCUUCGAGUACGAGCGCAAUCAGCAAAAUUUAUACAACAACCAGUUUAAAGUGGAAUAUACGGAUAAUUUCGAUUCCGGCUACGGUAUGCGCAAUGCAAAUUUCUAUAAUCGCGACCGGGAUGACAGUGCAGUAGAUCAUCAUUUCCUACAACAGCAGCAGCAACAACAGCAGCAGCAGCAGCAGCAGAACCAGCAGGAUCAGGAAAACGAGCAGUCGGUACAACUGAUCAAAACCUCUCCCGAUUCUAGCCUCUAUCAGAAACAGCUACCGGCAGAUGAGCCAAUCCUUGCGCCCCCCAAAAUGCAACCGUUUGGUGAUAACCACUUCGGUUCAUCAAUGCCGUACGUUCCGAUGCAACGCUUCCAUCACUCCAAUCACCAUCACCAGCAGCGCAGUACGAUGGCAGACAAUCACCGCCGGCAGCAGCAGCAGCAUCAACAACAGCAACAGCAGCAUGCGGAACAACAACCUAUGCAGCAGUCGCCGCCAAUUAAUGAGGAAAAACUAGCGUCCGCCGAUUGAGUUGCUUCGGUGUGCACUGUUAUGUUACUACUAGCUGACCGGUGCGAACGGUGGGAAGGACACCUUUGUGGUGAAUGUAAGUGCUUUUAUUAUCGCUACAAUCUAGUUGUUCAUCAAUAAUCGCCCUUGGAUGCUGGAGAUUGUUGAAGAAAAACUUUACCGUAUAAUUGAAUCCCGAUGGUGAGAAAUAUAGCAGUUUUUAGAUGAUUCGU